ACUGAGAAAGCUGGUAGCGACAAAACCUUUGAAAUACAGUCUCUCGACAAUGCAAAUUUCACAGAUACACAGAAGAUAUCACAACAUGAAGCUGGAUGUUUUGUGGAACCAAGUAAACUAAUACCUGUAAAGAAAUUAAAAGGUAAACUAAAAGUAAAAGUGGAGCCUAAUGUCAUGAAAAAACAAUCUCCAGCCAAAACUAUAUUACAACAGAAAGCACAACAAAGCUCGCCAGUGGCUGAAGUUAAACCUCUAAAUACUACCGUUACCUCCAGUGAUCAAGAGAGAACGACGACUUUG